AUGUCGCAAGCGGGGAGGAUCAGCCGCUUUCUCAGCUGCGCGCACCUCCGCCGCUGGCCUCCCGCGCUCAGUCCCCCCCGCCCCACACCUCACUUUCCGCCCCCCCUCGACCCCACCGACCCGUCCACACUUCAAGUCCCCCCACUGUUCCGCUCUCCCCUCACCCCCUUCCCCUUCCCCUCCCCCUUCCCCUUCCCCUUCCCCUCCUCCUUCCCCUUCCUUUCCCCUUCCCCUUCCCCGUCCCCUUCCCUUCCGCUCCCCGUUCCCCGCGCGGGCGGCAGGGUGGCGCGGCGGCGGCUGGGGCUGUUGGAGAAGCACAAGGACUAUGUGCUGCGCGCCAAGGACUUCCACCGCAAGGAGGACGCCAUCCGGACAAUGAGGGAGAAGGCAGCGAUGAGGAACCCCGACGAGUUCUACUUCAAGAUGGAGCAUUUUCACCUCAACCGCGGCCGCCACACGCGAGUGGAGAAGGAGGAGUGGACGGAGGAGGAGGUGCGGCUGAUGAACUCACAGGACAUGGGGUACAUCCGCACCAAGUGGCGCGCCGAGCAACAGAAAGUGGAGAGGCUAGAAGCAUCACUGCAUAGGGUGGAUGAGCCGCACAGGAAUAAGCACCUGGUCUUCGCACACAGUGACAACGACGCCACACCCCCCUCCAAGCGCCAGCGCCGGUCCUCCUCGCCGGAGCGUGAGGCCACUCCUCCCCCCGUCACGAAGCCCCUCAACACACGUCUGAAUCGGCACCGAGAGGCGUUGUACGGGGAGCUGAAGGAGCGCAAGCAGAGGGCGCGGCGACUGCAGGCCAUGCUGGAGGAGAUGCGCCUCAAGCACCAGCGCAUGGCUGAUGGUCAACAAAAGGCGAAGAAUGGUGCAACAGGAGAUGAUGACGAUGACAAGCCAAAGCGAAAAAUGCCCUCGAAAACAAUUAAGGAGCGCAAGAGAUAA